UCCUCCAGAUACUUGAAACCCCACCGCUUCCCUGCCCUACAUUUUCCUUCCAUUUCUUCGCCGCCGCACAAUGGAACCUUCAUUGAACCAGCUCGUUAGUCAACUCGAAAAUCUGCCUAUGCCUUCUGGUCUUUCGUGGGGUGUUGGGGAUAGGAAUGCAGGGAUUGGAUAUGGCUGCUGUACAGGGAGAUCUGAAACCCUUUAGGAGUAAUUACAAAAUCCCUUUUUAGUUGUUUGUGUUAAGAUGUGAACACAAUUAUGCUUAGAAUUAUUGUAAAUAUUUUAUACUUUUUAAUAUUCUUUUUGUAUAUUUUAUAUCUUAAAAUAUUCUCUUUGUAAACACUUAUAUAUAGAUUAUUGUACAUAUAAUAUGAUUCAAAAAAGUAAUAAACUUUUUUUCAAAUU